CGCGCGGGUGAGAGAGACGGCGCGCGCGCGCGCGCGGGCGCGCGGGGUCGGACGGCGGACCAAUCGGAGGAAGGGAUGAUGAGGUAGCGGCGCACACAGGCUGAGAGAAACUGUCAAGAGAGGCAUUACUGCGCGGCGAGUCGGCCCGUCGUGACCCGUUCUCCCAUGGAUCUCGGGGGUCCUCUCUUCUCGCCGUACCUCUCUUCCCCACCACGCGCGCUCGACGGAGAGAAUCGCAUCCCCCGCCCACCCUCCUCCACCACUCCGCUCCUACUCUACGAGCGUCGCCGUGUGGUCGCCCCCGCCACGCUUCACCCAUCCCUCGAGAGGAGUCGGGGUCCCUCUCGUUUCGGGAUCACCGCUCAGACGCUCCGAGGACCACGAAGCGGACGCCACGACUCGUUACCCGCGCUUCUCAGUGUGCUGCAGUACGCCGAGCGGUGACGACGACGACGACGGGAUCGAGAAGUCUAAGUCUGCAUCCGCAACUCGCGAGGAGAUUCGAUUCAUGUAACAUCCCGUUAAAGUGCGAGGAGCACGGGAAGAGUGAGAUCGCUGUGAUAGCUGGUAGGAGAUGCGCCUUUAUGGGCGUCUCGUUGGAUUUUCUCUGUCGGAGCACGAGUAGUGGUUCGCAUUCUCCGAAGGUGCAUCUCUGGAUCAAUCGAGUUCCCGGACUCGGGGGUGGGGGGGAAUAACGUCCAAGUGUACGCGAUAGAGCGGUGUGUGUCGGGUCUGACGUACUCUCGUACUUCUUCUUCAUAGACGGGUGUUUAAAGUGUAAAUCAGUUCACUCGUUGGAUGCUGGAGUUCGGAGUUCCCAUCUCGACGGUGCGAUACCUAGGCUAGGAGCAAACUCCACCCGCAUCAUGGAAUAUUCGAAGAAAGUGACUAAAUCCGAGAAUGGAACCGAGCAAGAGCAGGAGAACGAAACACAAAUUGAUGCCGCAUCACCAUCAUCAAGCGUCGAGCUGACAGAAAAUAGCUCGCAUCCAUGCCCGAUGUGUCCAUCGGUAUUUUCCAGUUCCCACGAACUGACGAAUCAUCUACGCGGCCAUAACUCACCUCGCAGCACAGACUGCAGCGGCGAGGAGGACUACAGCUGCGGGGUUUGCAACAAGGUCCUCAGCUCGGCGAGCUCGCUGGACCGACACGUGCUGGUACACUCGGGUGAACGGCCGUUCAAGUGCAAGUACUGCGACAUGUCGUUCACGACGAACGGCAACAUGAACCGUCACGUGAGGUGCACCCAUCGGAUGGCGUCGCCGAACAGUUGCACGGAUUCCGAGGGCAGCAGCGGCUCGGAGAGACCAGCGACAACGAAUCAGAGCGAAUACAACAACAACGAGUUAACCAGGCGCAACUCGCCGACCUUGAUCGACGACCGGCAACAAACAUCGUCGCCCGACAACCAUCGCGCGAACAAGCGAAAAUGCUCGCAAGACGACGCCAGCGAUACGGAGGAACAGAAGAGGCACAAGACUCUCAUGAAUAAUACUACAAUGUUGAUUAGAUGCCAGCCGGAUGGGGAGCAGAUGACGUUCGGUUGUCUGAUUUGCGGCAAGGAUUUUGUGAGCGGUGCGAUGUUAGAGGCUCACAUGGAACACAUGCAUCCGGAAUCCCUGGCCACUUGCGAGAUCUGCAACAUGUCCUUCAAGAAUCACCGGCAAUUGAACCUCCAUCGUUCUAUGAGUCAUUAUAAGAAGAACGCGAACGGCAACAACAGUCGUCGCAGCACCGUAGACGGUUUCGGGGAUCUCACGUUUAUGGAUUUUUCGGCGGCGAAGUUCGCGGAGAUCGCUCGACGGAUGUGUGAGCAGGAGUUGCAUCGACCAGCCUCCGGUGAAGCCAACAGGUUUCAGUGCAUGAAGUGUCUGCACGCGUUUCCAUGCAGACAGGCUCAGCUCGAUCACGAAAAGGAAUGCAAGGGUCCGUACAAGAACAAGAGAAACAGCAAUGACAGCAACAAUAACAAUGAUAACAAUACCAACAAUAAUCUUGAAAUGGAAUUGGAUGCCCCAUCUCCGCAGCCCGAAGAUUCCAAAAUGACGCGCGAGAUUUUUUUCGCCGUGCUGGAUCUGCAGAACAAAUCCCUGGCGCGCGAGGUAAAAGAAUCUAGAGAGUCGAAAGAGAUUAAGGAGCCGAAGGAAAUGAAGGAUUUAGCAGAUAUCCCGAGCAUCUUGUCCGUCAGUUUAAACGGAUUGCCGACCUUCCCGCGAUCAGACACCAGCACGCCCGAGAAUAAUAUCAAGUUCAAUCCGAAUAUCGGUUCUUCGGGUUCUUCGGGUACUUGCUCGUCCGAAUAUAACGAGGAAGAAGCACAGGAUGCCUUCACCGCAGAAUUCCGGAAGAUGAAACUGAAGGGUGAGUUUCCUUGUAGACUGUGUGCGUCCGUAUUUCCCAAUCUGCGGGCACUCAAGGGGCACAAUCGCGCGCAUAUGAAUGUAGAACCAGGAAUGCCGUAUCCAUGCAACAUGUGCCCCUUUACCAGUACCGACAAAGGAGCCUUGCUGAAGCACUUAAGAUCGCAUAACGGUGAUCGACCUUUCGAAUGCUCUCUUUGCAAUUAUGCGUUUACCACUAAAGCGAAUUGCGAAAGGCAUGUAAAGAAUCGUCAUGGAAUGAUCAGCAAGGAAGAUGUUAAGAAUGCAUUGAUAUAUCAUCCGAGUGAGGACUCGACAAACGAGAACGUCGAGAGAAGCUCUCCCAGAGGUAUUAGGGAUGACGUGCGAAAAACACUCGUUUAUCCGAACGAACGUGAAGAAACCUCUCAACAACAGCAGAUGCAUUAUCCGCCUGUAUUGAUGGACUGUAAUCCGGGACCCUCAAACGUCUGCGCUGAGAUGUUGAUGAAUCGCUAUGAGAAGCCAGAUAUGUUUCACAGACCAACAAAGAUACAGGCUUUGAAUCUCGUAAAGAAAAACGCUGAGGAAUUGAACGUAUCUCAUGAUCUGAAGUCUAAUUAUUCGAAGCUCGACGAAGACAUCGAGUCAAGAUCAUCGGAUGGCAGCGUGUCUCUAGUCAGCGAUACCAAAACAGAUACACACCAAAGAAUUCAAGCUAGUCCGAUGAAUCUGACCAAGUCUACGACAAGCUCCGUGUUGAGUUCGGGGGAGGACGGUCCGUUGGAUCUAUCUAUGGACGUUGUUCUGGAUCUGAGCAGAAAACAGAAAAAAGAAAGCGAAAAUUCUCAGGAGGAUAAACAUUAUAAGAAUAAUCAACAGGAAUUGUACGCCACGAAUCCGGCAUUGCUGCUGACUCAAGCUCUGCUGAACAGAGCACGCGAAAAUUCGUCGACUACGUCGCUGGAGAAUUUUUACGCAAGUACUAUCUAUCGUAAUCUCGGCACGUUGACUGGCGCCACUAUGAUACCGCCGUAUUUCCUCAAUCCUCACAUGUUCAGCCAGGAAUUGACCGAGAAGGGCAGACUACAGAAAGAAUUGGUCAGGGGUUUGCAGUUGACCGGUGGCAGUACCCUUCCAGGUGAUCCGUCACUGCCCAGCACCAGUUAUGCAUACGCGCAAGCGCGGGAAACCUCGCAAACCUCGAGCGAACACAACGCUUACCUGAUGAACGCGCAAAUAGCCAGCCAGGCCGCGCCGAGCCGCGAAAAAACGGACAGCAUUUCGUCGAACGAUCCCGUGAAGAUGGUACUUAAAAACGGUGUGUUGAUUCCCAAGCAGAAACAGCGCAGAUACCGCACCGAGAGACCGUUCGGCUGCGAGCACUGCACGGCAAGAUUCACACUGCGAAGCAACAUGGAACGACAUAUCAAGCAGCAGCAUCCGCAGUACUGGAGCCAAAGACCUCGCGGCGGACACUCAACUAGAGGUAGACCGCCUAUGAAUCAUUCGACUAUGAUGCAGAAUCCCGGCCCGUCAACUUCGCAAGUAACUCAACCAUAUCCGAAUAUUCCAAACGUCGACUCGUCAAUGGUCACAUCGGAUUAUAAUACGCAUCCCAUUUCAGAUCAAGUAAAGUAUGCCAUUCUAGCGCAACAAUUGAAAGCUGAUAAAAUGGAUGACAAUGAUUCAGAUGACGAAAUGGUAAUAGAUGAGGAAUCAGGUGAUAGGGAUGCACAGGAGCCGCAGGCUCAGCAUGAGCUUAGUACAAGUUUGCUGAGAGAUCAGUUAGAGAGCAGCGAAGGUGUUAAAGAUAUCGUCGUGAAAAAGGAAGUGAUUGAUCCGGCGGAAGAAACCUCGGGAGAAUCUCAUGGAGAACAGACUACGCGAAAUGGCAUAGACAGGACUAACAAGGAAGAAUCUGCGGCUGCUGACAACAAAUCGGUACACACUGAAGAAACAAUCAAAACGGAACCCACCGGGAAGGAACAGAGCAAACUCGAAGACGGAGCAGCCGAUCUCGCGAGUGUUUCGAAAUUAUUGGAUAACGCAUCUCAGCAAUAUCAGGAAUUCAAACCGCAAUAUUUAAGUGACGAGGAAGGCCCUGUGGCCUCGACCAGUGGCAAUAAUUCCGGCAGCGAAAAAUCCGAUUCCAUGAAUUCCUUAAAUUCUGGAAAUGAUUCUUCAUCGAACAAGAAGAAGAAAAAGAAGAAGAAGUCCGCGUAUUCGAUGGCACCGAAUCGAGUCCCAUGCCCUUAUUGCCCGCGUCAAUUUCCCUGGAGUUCAUCGCUGAGACGUCACAUUCUCACUCAUACCGGCCAGAAGCCCUUUCAGUGCACGCAGUGCUCGCAUUACUUCACCACAAAAUCCAAUUGCGACCGUCACUUGUUGAGGAAACACAAGUCAAAAGCGAAUAAAAUACGCCGUGUCAGAAACUCCUCCUCGCCGGACGUCCAGGUGGUUGCCAGUAGCAGUAGUAGUAGCAGUAAUAAUACAUUCUCUAUGAGAAACGUGCCCGAGAGACCAUACAAAUGCAAUCAGUGCCCAAGCUCGACCUUUUCUACAUUAGGUAAUCUGAAGAAGCAUCGAUCGACCAAGCAUCGUAAGACUACGUCCCGGUCAGAGUCUAGCGAUCAGCAGAACAGUCCACCACAGUGCUCCAACACGCAAAACGAUCAAAGUGAUUAUGAAAGCCGAUCGUCAAGCGCAUCCGAGAAUAUGGAAAAUUCUAACGCAGUUGCAAAGACAAAUUCUAAUACGACGACGUUGACGUCGAUGAAUGAGAACACCAGAUCGCGGAAAUCGCCAAGAUCGUCGCCUGGUCCCAGCGACGCUCCUUUUAAAUGUUAUUUAUGCGACAGCGGCUUUUCCGAACGUCAAGAUAAUUUGGAUCACAUCAAGGUGCAUCACAAACGCUCAUACGACAUGCUAAAAGCCAAGGGAGCCCUCGAUAUGGCAUCUAAUAUGAAUAUAGACGCGAGUGAAGAUCAGCUGGCACAGCAACAUCCUAGUGAUGGUGAAGAGAAGAGAGGUCGUUUUCCUGAUUACAGCAAUAGAAAGGUUAUAUGCGCUUUUUGUAUGAGACGAUUUUGGUCCGCGGAAGAUCUCCGACGUCACAUGAGGACCCACACAGGCGAAAGACCCUUCGAGUGCGAUAUCUGCACCAGGAAGUUUACGCUGAAGCACAGCAUGCUUCGCCAUCGUAAAAAGCACGAGUCGGUGGAUUCUGCCAUGUAUAUAGGUAACAGCGGUGACGAGGACAAUUCGCCCGCGCAGCCACCGACGAUAACACCUAGAAGCCAGCAGCAUUCGCCAAUCUCUACGAACACCAGCAGGCCUCGUACCCAGGACAGAAUCUCUCUGCCAACUGUUGCGGCGGUUGCAACAGCAGACGCGGCACCUUGCGCGCUUAUGCGUUACAAUCAUUAUGAUAACAUGGCCACUCUCACUGGAAGAAUGGCAAACGACAGCUCGCAAAAUGCCGCGCCUGCUCCUCUAUCUUCCCCACCACUUCCCGCGGAAGUGCCUAGCGAGAGUGGUGACAACGACCUGAUCUCUAAUCUGCUAGGAAUACGCGAGAAGGGUUUGCUCGACAAGGUUCUUCUGAGCUCGGCGGACGACGCGGCUAAAUUGUUAGGUGUCAAUCAUAGCGAGUGAUAGACACGUUGAACGCGUGUAGAAGAAAACAAUAUGCGAUUAAAUACAUGAAUAAUGAACUGCGCAUUUGAAAAAUCUAUAAAUUCAAUAACAUGCAAUAGUUUAAUGUUGAGUGAUCUAUAUCAAAUUAGCGUUGGAGAUGUUAAUUCUGAUAUAUUACAUUUAAGGGUGAUGAUGAAUAUAUAAUAUGUCUAAUGUGUGAUAUAGAGGAUUCUGAACCCUGCUCUACGAUAGAUAUUAACAUCAUUACCAGACAGAAGGAAACAUCUAGAUACGGACGUACUCUCAAUUCCACCUUUAACACCACGGGUGAGACCGAGAAGCAGCCGGAACAACCAAAGGCUGUCCAGCAAAAGAUGGUCAUCGCAAACAAAGUGACCGGAACUGUAAAAUGGUUCAACGUCAAGAGUGGUACGGUUUCAUCAACAGGAAUGACACCAAAGAAGAUGUAUUCGUCCAUCAAUCAGCCAUAGUGAAAAAUAAUCCGAGGAAGGCCAUGCGCAAAUGAAAUGACCGGAACUGUAAAAUGGUUCAACGUUAAGAGUAGCUACGGUUUCAUCAACAGAAAUGACACCAAAGAAGACGUAUUCGUCCAUCGGCAAUUGUUAAAAAUAAUCCGAGGAAGAUCAUGCGCAGUGUUGGAGAUGGCAAGGUCGUAGAGUUCGAUGUCGUUGGCGAGAAGGGUCAUGAAGCCGCAAAUGUCACCGGUCCAGCGGGUGAAGCAGUUAAGGACUCGCCUUAUGCGGCGGACAAGCGUCGUGGAUACGCGGUAUCCAUUGGGUGUACUCAAGACACGAUAACGACCUCAAAAUCGUAGACCACGCGAAGGCCAGGAAGGUUACGAUCAAGGCGAAGGGAAAAGCGGUGAUGAUGCAAAUCUGACCGAAGGCCAGACACUGCAGUAACAGCGUCGCUAUAGGUUGCGACGUCAUUAUGAUGGCUAUUAUCGCGGAGGACGUCGUUCCGCUAACGAUAAGAUCACUUAUGAAAGAUGUCAUUGUCUGAUCGCACAUUGUUUUCUUCUACUGUUCGUGAGCAGAUAUCUAUAAAUUAAUCAUCAGAAUUCUCUUCAAUCCUCCGUCUAAGGUUCACGAUCGUGCCUUACAUUCCUUAUCAAUUUGUCGCACGUGUUUGUAUAAAACACCAUAGUGUUUCGGAGAGUUUCUGUCGAAAUAAAAUUCUGAUGAAAGAGAAGAAUAAAGAGCAGUUGCUGGAAUAUGAUUAUGCACCUUAUUAGAAACGAAAUUUUAUAGUUUACAACGAGGUAUUACCAGCAAGUGUUAUAUUUAUUUUGUAAAAAAUAAGUGAAUCAAAUGAAUCGAUUGGAAUUUAUAUUUUAUACAAUUGUGACUAAUUUUUUUUUAUUCUAUGUAGAAUUAAAAAGAAGUAAAAUUUGAAUGGAAACGUAGCUCAGCGAAAUAAAAUAAAUAAAAUUAG